AUGUUCAACGUAAAUUGCGCCGCGCCUCACUCUAAGCACGACCAGCAGACGGGGGCAGUGACGGUGUCUUCUCAUACCUUAGACGACGUCGAAGCCGCACAGCAUGACCUGGACGAAGCAGAUGAGCAUGGUGCCCAGCUUGCCCACAUCGCGAAUCGUAAAAAAAAUCGCCACCGAACCUCAAAGCAUUGUUGA